GUGCCAGGGCGUCUCCGCCGGUGUUGACAUAAGCGUCGAGGAUAAAGAGAAGCGCCCGGGCCGAGGGGCGCAGAGUUCACCGAUACUGCCGGGCGCGUCCCACCGCCGUGAAGCGUUGCUGCUGGCUGCCCGUGGCUGCGAGUAUGUUAAGGGACUCUGUGAACCUGAACUAGAAGAAAAGGAGUACUACCCAAAGGACAUGCACUGCAUCUUUGUUGGUGCACAGAGCCUGUUCCUUAACAGUCUUAUUCAGGAUACCUGUGCUGAUAUAACAGUUCUGGAAAUAGGAUUGCUCAGUAUUAAGGGGGGUGCAGAAGCUGUUGUUAUGGCUCAAAGUCACGUUCAGCAGUUUGUGAAGCUUUUUGAGAAUAAUGAAAGCUUAUUAAGCGACAAUGAAUCAGAGAUUAAAAAGCAAUUCAGACGAUUUGUGGAAGCGCAUGCAGAUAAAUAUACAAUGGAUUUACUGAUUUUGCCUAGCUCGCUAAAAAGAGAACUCCUAGCUCUCACGCAAACUGAAUGUUGUGAAGUGGAGAGCAAUAUCAUAGAUCUUACAGGUUCUGAAAGCCCGACAGAGCUUUUACAAAACAAAACCUCCAAAGUAACCUCUACAAACAGAGAUGGAAGAGCAGGUGGUGAGGAAGCAAGAAACAAUGCUGGGACACCUGUAACUGAGCUUACAAAGCAAAUGGACACUGUGUUUUCUGAUGCUGCUGAAACAAGUUUUGUUCCCAUAAAUGUUGUGCCUAUGUUAGAGGCAGUGCCUAAAGAAAGGCAGUCAUGUAAAAGAAGAUCUUCUGAUGAUGAGGAAAGGCUCCCUAAAAAGCAGUUCUCUUUAGAAAAUGAUCAGGAAGUGAAAUCUGCUUCAGGCAGUAAUCCUUCAGACAGUGAUCCAGUUAUUGAUCUGCUUUCGGAUAGCUGCGGCGAAUCAGAUGAUCCCAGUUACUGCCUUAAAGAAGGUGAUGAUAUCAGUGAGGAAAUGGAAUAUAAGAUUCUUGUGAACUUUUUCAGAACAAUGGGAUAUUCCCAAAAUAUUGUAGAAAAAGUUAUUGGUAUCCUAGGACAAUCUGUGGAACCAUUAACAUUGCUAGAAGAAAUAGAAAAGGAAAAUGUAAAAUUUCAAAAAGAACAUGAGCAGUCGUCUCAAAAGCCUAGAACUAUCAAUCCUCAUUUAGGAAGUAAUGGAAAUGAUUCGCAAAAGCUAGAAGACAAAGGCAUUUCUAGCAAUAAAAGUCCACUUAAAUCCAGUCAUACUUCAAAGGAGACAAAAAAUGAAUAUCACAAAGUAAGAGAUUCACCAAGCGUGCAAGUUGAUGCAGAAGAUAAAAUGCAUAUGUUGGUAUGCAAACCUGCUUCUCCUUCCAGUAAAAAUUCAGCUAUGUGCUAUGAACAGAGAGACAUUUAUUGCCCUGGUAAGAAUCACAGUUCAAGGUCAAGUGAUAUAGAAACUGAUGGUGGUGUAACUUUUGGCACUAGACAAGCUGGAGCUCUAAAAGAUGUUGAUUUUGUAGCCAGAGGGAGCUCAGAUGUGCAGCGUAUCUCAACUAAGACUAAAACUGCAGUUCAGCAAAAAUCUGCAGGGCCCUCAACUGUACAGAAUAGUCAUCCUGGUUUUGAGGACCAAUUAGGACACUGCAGCUCUUCUUCUCAAGUGAGAUGUCUCAAUCGACGCCUUCCCCAAACCUCAAAUUCUGAAAAUCCUAUCCUAGACCAGGUAUUGUCUUCACAGAUACAUCCUUCAAAUUCUGAUAGAGAGACGGUGGGACCACACAGACAUCAUCCUGAUCCUUCAGUUACUGGAGUUCAAAGAUUUUUGGAAUCUCUGAAAAAGCCAUACAGACUGGAGUUGAAAAAUGAACCUGGGAAACCAUAUUUAAAACAUAUCAUUAUUGAUGGAAGCAAUGUUGCAAUUUCUCAUGGUCUAAGGAAAUUCUUCUCCUGUCGAGGGAUUGCAAUAGCUGUUGACUACUUUUGGAAACGUGGCCACAGAAAUAUUACCGUGUUUGUUCCACAGUGGAGAACAAGACGUGAUCCUCACAUUACAGAGCAGGAUUUCUUAACACAGCUCCAGGAUGUUGGAAUAUUGUCUUUAACCCCUGCAAGGAUGGUUUUAGGAGCCAGAAUUGCUGCUCAUGAUGACAGGUUUUUAUUACACCUUGCUGAUAAAACUGGAGGUGUUAUUGUGACUAAUGACAACUUCAGAGAAUUUGUGACGGAAUCACAUGCCUGGAGAGAAAUUAUUCAAAAAAGGUUGCUCCAGUACACUUUUGCUGGUGACAUAUUCAUGGUUCCUGAUGAUCCUUUGGGAAGAAAUGGACCUAGAUUAGAUGACUUCCUUCGAAGUGAAGGCUGUUCUAG